AUGGCAUUUUCGACAGAUGGCCAGAGGUUUGCCUCGGGCUCUGAAGACGGCAUUAUUGAGAUCAUGGAUAUGGCACGUCCUGGUGAAAUUCUGUUCACACUUGAGGGCCACGAUUCUUCUGUCUAUGCGAUAAUAUUUUCCACCUCAGGAAAGAUGCUUGCAACCCAGUGCGCGUUCUUGGUCAAAAUCUGGAACAUCGAGGCGUCAGGGGAGUGCCUACACACAUUUCAGGCGGGUCAAAUAGAACUUCGACUCGCUAUAACAUGUCACUGGUCCAUGGCAUUUUCAACGGAUGACUCAAAAUUCGCGUUCAGUCAAGGAGAGAAUGCCAUCGAAGUUCAUGACCUGGUAGAUCAGAGCAUGCAUAAACUUGAACUGGAAUAUGUUUCGUGUCUAGUAUUCUCACCUGAUGGCCUCUCUCUAGCAGCUGGAGAUAUGCAUGGUAAUGUUAAAGUCUGGGACUUACGAACCAAAGACGCCCCGAAGUGGAUAUUCGAAUCUGAUGGCUCGUCACUUGCCAUUGCCUAUUCAUCUGAUGGAAAAUUACUUGCACAGGCAACCUCGACAGGGGAGAUUUCCGUUUGGCAAAUCGCAGCGGAAAGCUGCCUCCUGAAACUCAAGACUGAGUGGCAGAUUGAACAAUUAUCGUUCAGCCCUGACGGCAGAUCGCUCAUGACUGAUCAUGGCCGUUUGAUGCCGGAUGAAUGGCCUUCUAAUACUGAAACACAGAAGGAUGGCAUCCAGAACAACGAUGAUCAAGAUGAGCCCUCGAAUGUACGAUUUACUAUUCAAGGCUAUGGGAUCGAUUUUGACGGAGCUUGGUUGACAAAGGAUGGUGAGAGAAUUGUCUGGCUGCCUCCUGAGCACAGGCCGAGCUCAGCCCUCGUUAUGGAUUCGGUAAUUGCAAUUCGCAACAGCUCUGAUCAGUUGAUGAUGUUUUCUUUUCGCAAUUAA